GUUUAUUUUUUUAACAUUAAAUUCUAUUGUUUCUGUAUUAGGAUAAAGUUAAAGAAGAUUUAGCAGCUGGCACUUGGAAGCCAACUGGACGAAAUGAUAUAUUGACUGAGGUUGUUGGGAAGCCAGAUUAUCCCGGACGUGCACGUGGUGUCGGUGGGGGUGUCGGUUAUACACAUGUCUUUGAUCGUGAGCCGAGGAGCAGACCUAAGGUUGGUAAUUUGAGUGAUGAUGACCUAAAACAAUUGAAAGAGCGCUUGAUGAAAGAUAUGCAGCACUACUUUGUUUCAAAAGAUGAAGUUCCUACCGGGGAUUCGAUGCCCGCUUCCGAGGCGGCCCAUGUGGACACCAUGAACUCUGUUGCACCUCUUCGUAAAAGAUCUUUCAUUGAUGGUGUAUCAUGUAGGCUUGCAAUUGAGUCACACACUCAUCCUGGUGAUAAGAGUUUUGACUUUGUGGCAGUGGCUGUAGCUUACAACACGUCUGUUGGGGCGGUAAUCCAUAAUGUACCGAUGUGUGAAAAUGCAAUCAAAGUGAACAUAUCUAUGGCAUAUCAAGGUUUUGAAGAUUGUCCAUUGCCAUAUCCUAAUGAAGCCGCUGAUAUCUGUGUUGUAGCAGAUGCUGUAGGUUCAUAUGUCCAGUGGCCAUCUCAUUUAGUUUUUUUUGAGGAAGAGGUAAUGAAGUAAUUGUUAUUUUUUUUUACAUCUGAUGCUUAUUUCUUUAUGAAAUUGCUUCAUAUUUUUUACUUUAAUAAUUAUAUUAGGAACCACCUGCUAAGUCAAAAAAAAAAAAGGAAUGACGCUAAGCAAAAAGUACCCUUUAUCUUGAGAGAUUCACCAAAAGUAACGGUUGAACCCAGCUCACAUUCAUUGGUCAGUGAAACUGUUCUUCAUUCACUUAGUGGUGAUCUUUUAAGAUUGCAUGAUAAUCUUGAGUGGUAUGAGCCCGAUCUUUGUAAGUUUAGUGUUCCUCUUCCUGCGGAGUUGUUCUGUUAUAUUGAUGAUAGCCAAUUUGGGAUCGUUGUUGACCGUCAAGACUUGAGUCAAUUUCUUGAGAGUGAUUCUAUUGAUAUGUCAAUUAUUCAGACCUUUAUGCUGUAAGUAUUAUAUUAAGUUUAUAAAUACUCUUGAAUAUUUGUUAGACUUAAUUACUAGUUAAUUAUUAUAAAUAUCAUAAUUUCACGUGCAGUUGCCUAAAUGCAAAAAUGGUUGAAUUUGGUCGUGAUGAUGUGGGUCUUUUAUGUCCUUUGAUUUGCUCUUUGAAGUAUUAUGAAUUGGAUAAAAAAGGCACACGGACUUAUUUGAAGCAUGCACUGAUUCAAAUGUUUGAAAAGAAUCUCAUUCUCUUGGCAUAUAAUGAAGGGUAUCAUUGGAUUUUAUUUGUAAUUUGUCCAAAGGUGGAUAAGGGCUAUAUAUUCAAUUCAUUGCCAAGUUCAUCCAAUUUUGUUAUUCAAGAUGAUCUUACGAUGAUGUAUAGAGUUGCUUCUACACAAAAAGGUCGUGGCAAAUCAAUCAAAUGGCAUAAUAUCAAGUGUGCAAGACAAACGGGCAAUACAGAAUGUGGGUAUUAUGUCAUGAAGUUUAUGUGGGAAGUAAUAACUUAUGCUGGAACUGCAGAUAUUGGGCAGGCUUGGAAUUCAAGAAGUGAACCAUAUACGACGGAGGAGUUUAAUGAUAUCAGAAAUGCAUGGGCUAGGUUUUUCGUAGAUGAAGUUAUGAAUAUGUAGUGGAAUUUUGAGUAUGAAUCAAACUUGAAUGUAAUUUAUUUCUACUGUGAUACAUAUUUGAACUACUUUUCUAAUCCAGGAUUUAUGAAUGAAUGUGUAGUUUUGGUUGGUGAUUGAUAUGUAAAUAAAACGGAUGAUAGGGCGUAUUAAAAAAUAACCAUAAAAAAACAAAAACAAUUGGAGGCGCUUUUUCAAACACAAGCGCCUUCAAAAUAAUUUUCGUAGUAGACUUCGGAGGCGCUUCUUUUGUCACAAGCGCCGCACAACUUUUAAAAAUUGGCCAGCAAAAAAGAAUAUCAGAGGCGCUUGUUAUUAAGGAAGCGCCGCAAAUUUUCAAAAAAAAUUCGCGCGUGCGACGCUUUUUCUGUUAGAAGCGACGCAGAUAAUGGAAUUAAAUUAAAUAAAUAAUAAAGAUUAGAGGCGCUUUCUGGCUAAAAAGCGCCUCCAUUAUGGAUUUGCGUCACAUUCGCCGGAGGCGCUUCGAAGCGCCGCGCGUGCCCCAAAAAAAGCGCCUCUAUUUGGCUUUUUUCCACCAGUGGUGGUUCUCAAUCUGGCAACAGAGAGGAAAGAGGAGUGGGGAGUGGAGUUAGAUUUGCAUGGUAUGCAUUUGGGGACAGCAUAUCUGAUCAUGCUGCUGUGGUUUGAAGAGGUUAGAUCAAUAUGUGAAAGUGGAGAUAAUGAUAAGCUGCCUAGCGAAAGGGUGGUGUGUGGGGUGGGAAACCACAGCGCGAUUAGAGGGAAAUCCCCUGUGAAGGGUUUGGUGAAGAAGAUGCUGCAGCAGAUGGGUUGUCCACUUAGAACGACAGCAAGAAUAACAGAUGCUUUAUUGCCAAAGGGAGGGUUCUCAAAGACUGGAUGUCAUUAUAUAAUAAAAGGCCGGCGAUGAAUCCAAAUUUUGUUUCAAAUAUCAUGCACGUCCAAAAAGGCAUAUUAGACAUUAAUUGUGCCAUGAGAAAUAGACCAAAAUUAUGAGAGAGCAAUGAAUCCAACUUCUCGACAACGUACACUGUCAAUCCUUGUCUUCAACGGCCAAAUGUUGGAUUUUGAGAACCAGAAAAUUAGAAGAAAAAGAAUUGUCAUGGGAAGGAAAGAGAAUAAGAGCCCAUUUGGUAAUUAUUCAGUAUAUGGAAUUUAUUAACCAAGGUAAAUAUGAAGUUAAUUUUUAGAUAAUGACACUAGAUAAUUCAGUAAAUUCAAGUCAUUCUACCA